AUGGGCGAGCCUGAGAGCUUGCUUGCACAGCCCGAAGGCUCCCAGCCUUCCUUGCCCCGUCCCACGCCCGCGCCCGCGCCUGGUCAGCAACGCGUCUCGGCCGCUCAACACCCGACAUCAGCCGCCCAGCCUGCGAGACCUGCGCCGACGACUCAAUCUCAAUCGCCAGCCCGCGACGCCGCUGCGCGCAACGCGCCAGCCUUCGCAACCUUCCAACACGCCGCAUCGUCCGCUGCGCCGCCGCGGAUCGACACUGCGCCCGUCUAUCCGCCCGCCCACCUGCCCGUCCACCCCGGCAGCAGGCCGCACAGCCGCUCACCGUCCGCCGCUGGCCUGCAACUCCAGACCGACUUCUCCAAGCUGACCCCCGGCUCCAGGGAACUGUCGCAGACUCCCUCCAUCGUGAACACCCCUGCCGAGGCCUCGCAGACCCCAGGAACGGCCCCCAUGGAUAUCCAACAGAACGUCAAAGGCCUCCGCUCCACCCUCUCGGCCGCCAGUCUCUCCUCCUCGCUUUCUCCCAGCUCCGCCAUCUCUUCGCCUGCCCUGGGUGCCCUCACUGACAUCACCCCUCUUCCGUCUCCGCUGAUCGUAAGCGAUUCGCCUGGCCCGUGGCGCCGUGCCGCCGCAGGACAAGCACACCGACCCGACUCGCGCGGGUCCGCCGCUGUGUCUCGGGACGACUCGCUAGCCAUGCUGUCGAGCGGCACUCUGUCACCCUCGCGCACCCCCUCGCGGAAGAACAAGGGAUACUCGGGCCUGAUGACGGCAGCUGUGGAGGCCCACAGCGCCAACGUGCAUGCGAUAGAGAAGAACAAAGCGAACCACAGCCGCAACAGGAGCCUGAGCGAGUUCGUGCCGGAGCAGCUCAUAAAUACCCGCCCACGGAAUGUCACCAUCUCCAACGCUGCUAAUGCUGGCAUGAAGCCGGCCACUGCGGAGCAGGCCGUCCCGCAGUCACAGCUGCGGCGCGAGGAAUACCUUGCCGCGCAGCGGGGCCUUGCUCCUGCUCCAGGCUCCGAGCCCACACGGACGCUUCCGACGCCACCGCCAAGCAACCGCGGUUCUAUCGAGAGCGAAGAGGAGGAAUUGAAGGAGGAAGACGCCGGACUGGAGUAUCUUGCGGUGAGACACGAUUCUGGAAAGAAGAAGUUUUACCGGCCCAUCCGCCAGCUUGGCCAGGGUGCUUUCAGCAAGGUCCUGUUGGCGACGAGAGAAAAAACCGCCUCGAAAGAGAUUCCCGACGAAUCCAAGCUCAAUCCGAGAAAGCUUGUGGCUAUCAAGAUCGUCGAGCAUGGUCCGGCUGGCGGUGCGGACGAGGCACGCGUGGAAAUGACAUUGAAGCGCGAAGUCGAGGUUCUCAGAUCAAUCUGCCAUCCCUCACUCAUCCACCUCAAGGCCUUCGAUUUCGACGACCAGCAAGCACUCAUCGUCCUCAACUACUGCCCGGGCGGCGAUCUGUAUGAGCUUGCCGACAGAGCACGCGAUGCACUCACUGCACCUGUUGUGCAGCGUCUCUUCGCAGAGCUGGUUGGGGCGGUACGAUACCUGCACAGUGAACUCAUAGUCCACCGUGACAUCAAACUUGAGAACGUUCUUCUCAAUGUCCCCGUGACCACCCUUCGUGAACUCUUGAUUCCUUCGCGCCACCGCACGGCUCUCAUAACCCUCACGGACCUUGGCCUCUGCCGUCGCAUUGACCCCAACAACCCGAAGCUCCAAACCCGUUGUGGAAGUGAAGAUUAUGCUGCUCCUGAGAUCCUCUUGGGCCAGGAGUACGAGGGUCGUCUGACCGAUGCCUGGGCCCUCGGUGUCGUGCUCUACUCGCUCAUGGAAGGCCGCUUGCCGUUUGAUCCCCCACCUGGAAAAGCCCGCGGACGCAGCAGGGCGGUGCACAGGAUCGCGCGUUGUGAUUGGAUGUGGUGCCAGUUUGGUGAUGAAGACGGCGUCUGGGACCCCACGAAGCCCGGUGCCAGCGAAUGGGGCGGCGCGCGGGAUGUCGUUGAGGGCUUGCUGCAGAAAGUCAGCCGCGGUCGCAAGUCACUCGACGAGAUCGAGAAGAUGGACUGGGUCGUUGGCGGGAUUUCUAUCGAAGGCGAGCUCCGACGGGCGGACGAGGAUUCGGAUACGGAUGUUGUGAUGGGUAACCAGCCAGCAUAG